AUAUAAAAUAUAAAUGAAUAUAUAGUAUAGUAUGUGGUAUAAAAGAGGGUGUAAUAAAGGAAGCCCAUCUCCACCUCCUUUUCUGUUCACAUCCGACACUCAUGAUAUUGUCGUUUUCAUGGGCGGUUCCAAUCCAACCACAUCAAUAAAUUAACCCCCCACAUUUCCUCUUUUGUUCAUUACGACGUGUCGUCUGAGCCUGAGGUAGUUGGGAAGAGAGUUAAAAUGUGCCUACUUCAUUAAAUCAUCCUUUUUUUGGGCCUCAUUUUCCUACAAUUUUUUUUUUUUUUUUUUUUUUUUUCUCUCUUUAUCAGUUUUAAUUUCAACGCUUUAAAAAAAAUGUUUUAAUUUAAUUACGUGUUGCAAUUAAUGUCACGAGCCAACUAAUUGACCAUAAAAAUUUAGGUAACAAAAUAAUUGUUUUUGACGAAAAAAACAGUGUUUGUAGCAUCAUUCUACAGUGUAUAUAAGAUCGUAGAACGUCCAUUUGACUAUUCAUUCAACCACAUCAAUAGUUGAAAUGUAAAGUUUGAAUCGAUGAAUCUUAUGAUUUAAAGUUAAUAAUGACUCACCCACUUUAGUACAACAAUAAAAAUUAUGAACAAGAAAAGAUUUUUUGUCCCUAAAAUUCGAGAUUGUCGUUUUUUUGGUCGGAGAUUUAAAAAAGGACACUUGAUUUAAGUUUACUAUUGUUGUCGUAGAGGCCCUUAACAUCAUGAGGUAAAGUAGGCACAUUUACUGGAAUGGUUAUCCUCGCAUAAUUCUCGACUAGAUUUUAGCUUUAAACUUUUCCGAACUUCCAAUGUUAACUAUUUAAAAACCCUAAUUUAUAAGCUGAACUUAUAGUGUAACUCGAGGAACCGAACGGAGCCGUGGUUAGGUUGAGUAUGGUAUCCAUUUAAUGUUUGUUAGCAAAAAAUUAAAACUUCCCCCAACAACUUCUCCACACUUAAUAGUUUGAGUUCAAUCUCUCAUUUAUUUCCCCUCCAAACCCAACAACAAUAUUUAUUCACCCCAUAGCUCUCUUCUUCUCUUUCAACAACACCCUGCUUUUUGAUCCACCAAAAAUCACAACCAAAGUUAUGACUCACAUGGCUUUCUUAUGUCUUCUUCUUAUUGUCUCCCUCCUCCUUUCUUCUCCGAGGACGAUAACCGAAGCAAAGGUCUCGGCGAUCAUUGUCUUCGGUGACUCAUCGGUUGAUGCUGGAAAUAACAACUUCAUUCCCACUAUUGCAAGAAGCAACUUCUUGCCGUAUGGUCGGGAUUUUGUUGGUGGGAAGGCAACCGGAAGAUUUUCCAAUGGGAGAAUUCCGACCGACUUCAUUUCUGAGGCUUUCGGGCUGAAGCCGACGGUGCCCGCUUACUUGGAUCCUGCUUAUAACAUCUCGGAUUUUGCCUCUGGUGUCACUUUUGCUUCUGCUGGAACGGGCUACGACAAUGCCACUUCUGACGUUUUGUCAGUGAUACCAUUAUGGAAGCAACUUGAGUACUACAAGGAGUAUCAAGCAAAGCUGAUAGCAUAUCAAGGCUCAGCCACAGCAAACGAAACAAUGAAAGAAGCUCUAUAUGUGAUGAGCUUGGGAACCAAUGAUUUCUUGGAGAAUUACUACACAAUGCCAGGCCGUUCAUCCCAAUACAACAUUCAACAGUACCAGGAUUUUCUCAUCGGAAUCGCGGGCGGGUUUAUUGAGAAGCUCCACGGCCUCGGCGCUCGGAAAAUCUCCCUCGGCGGGCUACCGCCGAUGGGGUGCUUGCCGUUGGAAAGAACAAGAAACGUUUUUGGAAGCAACGACUGUAUGGAGAGUUACAACAAUCUGGCUGUGGAUUUCAACAAGAAACUCGAGGCUUUGACGGUGAAACUCAACAAGGACCUUCCCGACAUCGAGUUGGUGUUUUCGAACCCGUAUUACGUUUUGUUGCAAGCGAUCAAAAAGCCCUCUCUUUACGGUUUUGAUGUGACAUCGACGGCAUGCUGUGCAACGGGGAUAUUUGAGAUGGGCUAUGCUUGCAAUCGGAACAACUUAUUCACUUGCACAGAUGCAAACAAGUACAUAUUUUGGGACUCAUUUCAUCCCACUCAAAAAACCAACCAAAUCGUCUCUGGGUAUGUGGUCAAGAACGUACUUUCACAGUUUCUUUAAUUACUCCGUUGAUCAAAUUUAAAAUUUUGGAGGUUUUGAAACUUGUUCACACAAAAGGAUGAAUUUGUUCAAACGGUAGAAAAUUUUCUUUUGAAAAGUCGUAUUUGAUCCAUAAUUUACAUGAUAUAUUAAGCUUCAAUCAAAUACGUCUUUUCAAGAUAUGUUGUCUAUCGUUUAACAAAAUAAUUCUAUUGUUUGAAUAAGUUUUCAAAACAUUUUGUUAUUAUCAUGACCACCCCUCUAGCAUGGUAUGGACUUUCCCUUCUAGCAUAGUUCUUUGAAUCAAAUAGAAUAAGCUUGUACUAUAUGUUAUAUAUUAGUAUAAAGUUAAAUAUACAUAGAAGCUAGUCCAAUAACUUGAAUCC